UCAGUAGAUUAUCUGAAAUACGUUGAUCAAAAGUAAAAGAAAUGUAGAUUCUAGAUCUAGGCCUAGAUUGAUAAAACCUAAACUUGUUGUUUCCAAGGACACUCAAGCUUUGGAAGUCACCAAACUUUGGAGGCCAUUUUCUCGCUAUUAGUUUUUCUCUGACACAAGAAGACCUCCGCCUCUUUCUGUUGCAAAUAUCUCUUCUUCUGUUUAAGAUUGUAGGGUAUUUUUUAUAUCCAAAAGAAAGACAAAUUUCAUUAACAAGCUGUGAGAUGAUAGCUGUAACUGUAGACCUAUAUGCCCCAAAAUUGACGAGUGUCUGAUUCCACCACGUCGCGACACGUUUUUCUCUUCACUUUGCGUCAUUCCAGUUCCUCUGGAACGUGAAAACAUAGCAGAGAAUCACACAGGCUCCAUUUCACGCGAUGUGUGCGCUAAUGUGUACCGACACUGUGGCGACCACCGACAACUGAGGCGAUGGGGAGACUACAACAGCAACUAUUCCACCGGUCACGUGAUGCACCAGUCCAGCCACCGGCACCAUGGAUGGCGUGGAAAUCCGCCAGGCAACUGGACCUCCAGACUGACCUGCACAGCGCCAACGCCUCCGUCUUUAGAACUCCGAGAGGGUUCUUUUGGACGUCGAAUACUGACAACAGCCCGGAUGUCGGCGAAAAGUUGCCGAAAAUUGCGCAGCCGACCUCUGUGUACCCCAAGAUCCCACAAUCUCACGGUUUCAUGCCACUCAGCAGCAUGGUGAUCUUCGUCUACUUCCUGGGUGUCCCUCUACUCGUUCUACUUCUCUACAUCCUGUGGUCGGGCUGCCAGGCGCUCAUCAUGUGGGUUGAAAUGGACCCGGGGUACGAGGAAGAGAAUGACGUCUUGGACGACAAGGAGAAAGCCGAGGUGUUGGACACCCUGACUCAUGUGGCACCAAUACUGACCAAGCUCCCUCCAGACUUUACGUUCCCGCCCUAUUGUGAGAGGCACAAAGAGGAGAUCCUGGAUGACCAGUCUGACGUACUGAGGUCCAGCAACGGCAGCCUCAUCAGCCUUCCCAAUGUCUGCAAGUUCUUCUGCAUCUGUUCCUGCAAACGACCAGAGAAAAAACCUAAUGGGAUGAGUUCUCGAUUACUAUUUGCCCCGAAGGACAAGCAGAGGCGGCAGGAGGCUAGCCGAGGUAAGUUGAAUCCGUACCGGUACGUGAUGCCAUACCGGGCCCCGACCAAGCAGUCCACCUCAAAACUGCUGACCACUACCGGAGACUAUCUCAAGAACAACGACAGAGUCCGGCAAUUCUUCGAGGUGGAGGCUGUAUGACGUCAUCGCUGCGUCUUCCCUCCUAGGCUGUGUUGCCAACUGAGUACCGUAGGAUAAUAAGAAGAAGAAUAAAAAUAACAACACUAAUGAUAAUAAUAAUACAGAUAAUAAUAAUA